AUGUCUCGAAGAUAUGCGUACGCUGGUAACAUCACGGUCGACGAUGCAAACUCGAACCUUCUAUACUCGAGUGCCUGGAGGGUCGGCCAGACUUGCACGGUAUGCCUUCUCCAUCCAGAUCCAAAUUAUGUCUACGACAGGACAUGGCACGAUACCACGCGGAUUGGAAGCGAUCCCGUCACUGUCAACUAUACGUUCAAGGGAACUGAUCUCUACGUGUACGGCAUCAUGUCCAAUGUUGUGAACGACAUCAUUAUCAGCAACGUGAACCUCAUCCUCAACAUUGACGGCGUCGACAUCGCAGCCUUUGCCUUUCAACCCCUCAACUUGAACUCGUACAGCUACAACACAAAUGUCUUUGCCAUCCAUGGCUUGUCCGAUGUCUCUCAUCGUAUGAGCAUCGCCUUGCAGCCCAGAUCGCAGUUUCACUUUGACUAUUUAAUCUACACGACUGGGGGCGGAAACGAGAUGCAGCCGUCUCCUACAAAUUCUUCGGGUUCGAGUGCACCCGUGAUCACAGGCGCAGUGGCUGGAGGUGUUCUUCUUAUCCUCAUCAUCUCCGUGAUCGUUUUCUUUUACAUACGAAGGAAACGAAAGAUUUCCAUCAUCGCGGAGACCGUGCCACCAGUGCCGACGUUUAUCGCUGAUCCAUAUCGGUCGGCGUCGAGCGGUGGGGGCAGCCAUUUACCACAGCCUAAUCACAUCCAGCCGAAUGCAUAUUAUCAUCGAAACUUACAAGGCAUGGAAUCCAGAUACACGACCAGCGAGACCAAUGCGUACAACGGUAUCGAGGCUCCCGCCAUGGGUGGGGGCCAAGUCCAGUCUUCCAUAGAAAGAUCUAAUCAAGCGCGCCCAACUUCUCAAAACAGCCCCUGGGCUGCUGUUCUGGGUACUGAUCCCGCCUAUAUACCGCCGAGAAAGAGCGCUGUGAGCCAGCAGCAGCAGCAGUUGUACGUAGACGAGACUAUUCACUCGGCACCCGUACCCACCGAUAUAGCAGAAGGGGUGUCCAUUAAUCAAGCCCCUUCGCCUGUUCGACGCAGUGGAGAGGCUAUUGACGGAGCGACGCGGUUACUAUCGGACGCCAGGUCAUUAGAGGGGAAGGAAGACCGCUUGGAUCCUCGUAUGACAGGUAGCUUGGAUCCAUCGGUGUAUACGACCACCAAACAGACACCAUCGGGGCUACAGGAGAAGACCACAGAUACAGGACCAUUACCUACGCUGCCAAAUGGCGACGAAGGUUAUAAUGAUGCUAUGAUGCUGCGAGCGGUGCCGACAGGGUCCUCGCCGCCUUCUUACUAUGCGGGACCGUCCCAGUAG